AUUUGGAGCGGGAAAGCUUUCCCGAGCCACUGAACAUUUAAUUCGACUUUAUUCAGAGCCUCAAUUCUUUGAUACCGUUGCUUCAAGACCAAUUGACCCUCUUGGCAUCUGAAAACUCGCACUCAAUUGGAGUUGCGGACAUCCGAGGUUCCUUUCCGGCGCCUUUCAAGAGUUGCAUCACAGCGCAUCUCUCCGAACCGUUCGCCCAAUGUCUCUCCGCACAUCUCUCAGAUACACAACAGCACCGCUGAGCUGGGCCUCGCGGACUACGGCCCGCACAAUGCCGCUGCGCGCAAAGAUUACACAGCCGGCCUGGAUGAGUGGGAGCAGGAAGUACUCGACCCCCACAGAUGACCUCCUCGCCCCACAACCAGACGAUGAACCCGACGAUGUCAUCUUCACAAAUAACUACGGCGUCCGCGCAAUCGAGCUCAACCGGCCCAAGAAGCUCAACUCGCUCAAUGGCUCUAUGGCGCGCAAGAUAAUCCCGCGGUUACAGGAAUGGGCAAAGAGUGAGCUGGCGGGCGUGGUAGUAAUAAAAGGCGCGGGGCGGGCAUUUUGUGCAGGCGGGGACGUCGCGGCGCUCGCGCAAUGGAACAAGACGGGACCAGAAGGCCAGCAGAGGAGCUCGGAUUAUUUCGGUCUCGAAUACAAGCUCGACCACCUCAUCGCCACCUACGCAAAGCCCUACGUAGCAUUCAUGGACGGCAUAACAAUGGGCGGCGGCGUCGGUCUCUCCAUCCACGCCCCCUUCCGCAUCGCAACCGAAAACACCCUCUUCGCCAUGCCCGAAACGACAAUCGGCUUCUUCCCCGACGUCGGCGCCUCUUUCUUUCUGCCGCGCAUGGAAGGCAGCCUAGGAACCUAUCUCGCGCUCACAAGCGAGCAGGUCAAGGGUGUAGACGCCUUCUACCACGGCGUCGCAACGCACUACAUCCACAGUUCCACCCUCCAACAGCUCGAGUCCCGCCUCGCAGAGCUCCAGUUCCCAGACUACACCUCCCUCCAAGACCGCUUCAAGAUCAUCAACGCCACCAUCGAAGAAUACUCCACUGGUCUCCCGUCUCCACGACCACACAUCUCGGGCGAACUGCGAGCCGCAAUCGACCGCGCCUUCCACCAUGACCAGCCCGGCAUCCAGGCCAUCUUGGACUCCCUUGCCGAAGUAAAAGACUCGCCUAAGUCUUCGGAAGAGCUUAAGACAUGGGCCUCCAAGACCAUCGAAACUAUCCACACCCGCUCCCCCAUCGCCGUCGCCGUCACCCUCCAACAGAUGCGCAUCGGCCGCCGCUGGUCCAUCGCCGAAACUUUCCAGCAUGAAUACGACAUCGCCUCGCAUUUCAUGGCGCACCCAGACUUCGUCGAAGGCGUGACCGCGCGACUCAUCGAGCGCAAGAAGGAACGCCCAAACUGGCAGCCCAACACGCUGUCCGAAGUCAAGAGGAGCGAUGUAAAUGCGUUCUUCGCGAGGGAGGAGGGAAUGCCCGGGCUUGCGCUGAUCAGCGACAAGAAUUACAACGAGUAUCCGCAUCAAUGGAUUGGGUUGCCGCGGGAAGAAGAAAUCCUGCAGGAGGCGAGCGGGAAGACGCAGGAGGAUGUUGUGGCGUCUCUCCUCGAGAAAUAUGGCGGCAAGCAGGGCGUUAGGGAGAGGGUAGCUGAGGUGCUGGAGCGGCAUAACAUGACCGCGUAACCCUUUUUCUCAGAGAAGAAGAUUUGUGUAUAGACCGUGUACAUCAGACGUGCAAUCCAAACAUGUAUACCAUGCCAAAC